AUGACAUUGAUUAUAUAAUCCACCAUUGUGUCGAUAUAUAAUGGUGUUACGUAAACUUAGUAAAGUUACUUUUUACUUUUGGAUAUACUCUUAUUUUUGGGAUAAUAUGGGUAAAACUUAAAGUUGAUUCUAUUAAUUGGUAGUAUAUGUUUGUCGAAUGAAUUGCUAAUUGCUGAUGAAGAUGUAAAUUUUAUAUUAAUGUAGAUUAAAUGUUAUUAUAUGAGCAUGCGAUUUGUUCUUAGUGCCAAUGUACUAUUGGAAAAACAAAAAUCUAUUUACUUUUUAAGCUGCCUCUUUUAUUUACUUUUCAGGUCCUUUUUAUACUUAUAACCAUUGUCGUAUUUGACUAUCUUUGGAUAUUUAAUGAUUUUGAUCUAAUGUAAAGUUUUGAAUAAUGCAAAGGUCUUUCUCAAAAUACAGGUGAUGGAAAAUCUAAGAAUUACCAGACACAAUAAAUUUUUGAGUUUUUCAAAGCCAGUCUCCCUCUUCCUCUUUGUAUAAUUCAAAAUAAUUGUAUGUGAUUUUGCUAUUCCUAGAAUUUUUAUUUAAAACUGAUUAGUUUAUAACUGAAUACCUUGAAAUCACUCCUUAGAUUAUAAGACUGAUAUCUUCAGAACAUAAUAAAGACAGCAUAACCAAUUAUAUAUCAAAUAGGAGAGCAAAUACCAAUAAAUCAUUCAUGUAUGAAGCAAGAAGGAGAUUGAAUAAUUGCAACGUCUUGUAAAAUGAUAGUCAAGUUGAAUUCUAUUGCAAUGUUAAAAACUACUUUCCUGUGGAUAUAGAAGUUGCAGAAAUAAUUUGGGAAGAAUAACCAGCUACAAUGCUUGUUUUUUAAACUUAAGAAUAGCGAUAAGAUAAGAAUUAGAUUAACGAUUUAAAGUAGAAGGAUUAGUAUAAAGAUGAGAUGUUGGCUAGUGUAUCGCAUGAUUUCAAAACUCCAAUCAAUGGGAUAGUCGCUAUUGUGCAAUUUUUAGAAUCGUAAGCAUUUUACAUUUUAUUUAAGGAUUGUAGUUGACCAAAACGAGCUUAAUUACUUAAAAAUAUUAAAGAAAUGGGCUUAACUAUUGUUAUUCAUGAUUAGCGACAUUUUGGACUUCUCUAGAAUUCAAAAUAAUACUCUUAGAUUAACUAACACUACUUUUUAUAUCUAAGUUAUUGUCUAAGAGAUUAUUGAUUUGAUAUCUUUAUAAGCCAGUCAGAAGGGAAUUUUAGUGGAAAAAAAAAUAACCUUUGGAGAUAGAAUGAUGUAUUCAGAUCCCAAUAGAAUUAAAUAGAUUUUAUUAAAUCUAUUAAGCAAUUCCCUAAAAUUUACUUAGAAAGGUAAAAUAAGUAUCUUGGUUGAUUAUAAAAAUACAGAAUUAGACAGCUAAUUUAAAAUCAUCACAAUCAGUGUUUCAGAUACAGGAGUAGGUAUCCCAGAUAAUAUUAAACCAAAGUUGUUCUAAAUGUAUGGUACUUUUGACUUCACUAAUAAUGGGUCAAACAAACAUGGUAUUGGAUUAGGAUUGGUUAUAUGCAAAAAACUAGUUGGAUUGUUGGGUCCAUCUGAUAAAAUUGAAUUGAAAAGUUAAGUUGGAGUUGGAUCAACUUUUAGUUUUGAUGUAUAUAUCGAUAUUGAUUAAAGAAAUACUGUUUCUAAACAAUAUUAAAAAGAAAUGACUAAUAUUUAUAAGUAAGAUACUAAAUAAAGUUUAUGUGAUCAUCAAAAUACUAAUUUACUUAUAACUUCCUAAUUCACUAUCUUCAAUUAAACAAUACAUUAACCAACUAUCAACAACAAUUUGAGUGGGAUGACCAAAAAGCUCAAUAAAAAAUCCAUAUCAACUUUAUAGGAAAUUAACGAUAAGAAGUCUCACAAAGCAUUAUAAUUUCGAACCUUAAAUCCAAAAAAACCAAAGAAAAAAUCUUUACUCCAAAGGGAAAAUUCCAUUAAUAAUGUUUCCCUAAAUCUAGAGGAUUCUGACAAUUCCAAAACAAGAAAUAUUGAAUAUUAUUUGGAGUUCCAUAACGAUAUUACUUAUGCAACGUAAAUAUUUAAAAACCAAAGAUAAAUUGAAAUGAAUAACAGUCCUAUAAAUACUCCGUUUUAUUAGAAUGAAAGUUCUGAGUCUCCAGUUAUGCAUAUAAGACAGCGUAAACCAUUGUAAUUCACUGAAUCCAUUGAGGAUAUGAUGAGAAUCCUAUUUCCAGAACCUUGUACAAUUUUAGUUGUUGAUGAUUCACCAGUUAACGUAUUUGCAUUCAGAUUAAUCAUGCAAAAAUACGAUUUCAUAACUAUUGAAGAAGCAUACAAUGGUGAAUAGGCUCUUUAGAAAAUUAGGAUGAAUAUACAAAAUGAUAGGAAGUAUCAAUUCAUUUUCAUGGAUUUAACAAUGCCUAUCAUGAAUGGAUACGAAGCUACUGAAUAGAUUCGAAUUAUGGUAUCAUAUUUUAAGUUAUUUUUAUGUGAUUCUAGGAGAAGGAUAAUUUAAUAGAAAAAAGUUUCAUAAUUGCCCUGACAGGAUAUGACGAUCUCAAGGAGAAAGAGAAAUGUUAAUAAAAAGGCUUUGAUGCAUUUGUGUCUAAACCUAUCAAAAUUAUUGACAUUAUCUCUGUAGUUAAUGAAGUAAAAAAUAUUAAAGACCCUUAAAUUUGA